AUGCCAACAAUUGAGCCAGUAACCGAGAAUAGCCUGUCCAUAUAUAACACGCUAUUUGACACCCUGGCCACUAUUGACUCGGGAUGUUUUGGGACGGUAUAUAAAGUCAAACACAAAUUGGAUGAUGAGUUAUAUGCCGUCAAAUGCGUCCAAUUAAACGAGGAUUUCAAUACUGAAUAUCUGGAGGAAAUCAAAAACCUGGCAAAAGUGCGCUCGGAAUACGUGGUCCAGUACUACAACUCGUGGACUACCGGCGUCGACCUAUACAUACAAAUGGAGUUAUGCUCGGGUACUCUACGGCAUAUACUGGACGCCAAACCUCAGGCCUUUAGCCGAAAGGAGGGCCAACCCCUCAAAACCGUUGAGUACUUCAUAUCGAGUGAA